AUAAGGGCGAGAUGCAGUCCUUCAAGAUCUUGCGCCCAUCGACCUCUCCCCAAUGGCCACCUCGUCGACCGUCUACCUCGUCUCGGGCUCCAACCGAGGGAUCGGCCUCGCCCUCGUCACCCACCUCGCCUCCCGCCCCAACACGAUCGUCUUCGCCGGCGCGCGCAACCCAGACGCCGCCUCCGCCCUUCACGCCCUGGUCGAAAAACAUCCGAACCGAGUGCAUGUCGUCGAGCUGAAGGCGGGCGAUGUGGAGGGUAAUGAGCGCGCGGUGGAGGAGAUUAAACGGAAGGCCGGCCAACUAGAUGUGGUGAUCGCGAAUGCGGCGAUCUGCAAGGACAUGCAGCCGCUCACGGGCGUGUCGCCGGAGUCGAUGCAGGAGCAUUACGACGUCAAUGUCAUCGGCACCCUUGUCCUUUUCCAAGCCGUCUACCCCCUCAUGAAGACCUCGCCGGCGCGCAAGUUCAUCGUCAUCGGCGCGCACGGCGGCGCGAUCACGACGGGGCCGGAGUACGGGGUUCUGCUCGGGCCGUAUGCAAUCACGAAGGCGGCGGUGCAUUAUUUGGCCAAGAAGCUGCAGUUUGAGAACGAGGAUUUCGUGAUCUUCCCAAUCUUGCCAGGCCUCGUGGAUACGGAUAUGUACCACUACGCCCAAAGCAACAGCGACUAUUUAGCCAAAAGACCAGGCGUGACAACCGCCGAGUGCGCUGCCGGAAUCAUGCGCGUCGUGGACGGAGCGACCAGGGAGACCGCGGGAGGAAAGUUCAUGGAUGCUGAGGGCGGUGUCAACGAGUGGUAGGAAGGCCCCUGGAUGCAACAGGAAUUUAGAUGAACUGUACUUGUAUGCCGCACCUUCGGUGGAGUUAAUUCUCAAUCAGAUAUCUUGUUAUGCCGAGCGCUGAUGAUCGCACUGGCUCUUACCGAGCACAAAUGUAGGGGUGGAACCGUGUGAUGUUGCGAGGGAGAAAUGGAACUUUGC